AUGGAAACUGAUAAGCAAAUCAAAAUUGGCCUGGAUAUGGGAGGAAGCUGCGUCAAGCUCUCUGUCAUGGCAGAGCAAGAAAUUCCCCAACUUGAAGAAGAAGUAGAGCGUAUGUCUGAUGAAGAAGAGAAGUUAGCUCUUCCUUCUCAGAAGAAACAAGAGGCACUUAUUAAACUAGCCAAGCAGAGGGAAGAAGAUAAUGUUAUUUACCUCAAACUGUGGAAUAACCAUAUCAGGAAGGACAAAGAGCCAAGUGAUAAAGAGAGAGGGAUCAUGAAAUGAAUCCAGUUUUUGAAAGACUAUAAUCUUGUCAAUGAGAAAUCUAUUAUCCAAGCAACUGGGGGUGGAGCUCAUAAAUAUUCCUCCCUCUUCAUGGACGAGCUAGGCAUUGAGGUAAUCAAGAACGACGAAAUGGAGAGCUUAGUGAAAGGAAUGGUAUACCUGCAGGAUAAUAUCAAAGACGCAUGCUUUACAUAUACAGAGGAGGAAGGCAAAGAGUUUCAAGAGGAAUCUAACAUGUAUCCAAGAAUUUUAGUAUCCAUUGGGUCAGGAGUCUCUAUCAUCAAAGCAAAUUCACAAGAUUCAUAUGAGAGAGUUGCUGGAUCAAUGAUUGGAGGAGGAACAUUAGUGGGACUCUCCAACUUGCUUCUACAUAUUAAUGAUUUCAACAAAAUACAAGAUUUUAGCAAAAAGGGAGAUCACACUGUUGUUGAUACAAUUGUGAAAGAUUUAUAUGACUCUAACAUUGAUAGCCUCCAAGAGGAUACUAUAGCUACAAGCUUUGGAAAGAUUGCUACGAUUCAGACUGAUGACAUUACAGAAAGCAGCGUAAAACAAGAGGAUAUAGCAAGUAGUCUUGUUUGCAUGAUUAGUUACAACAUUGGCCAAAUCACUUACUUAUGCUGAAAAUUACACAAAGUGCAAAAAGUGUACUUUGUCGGAAAUUUUGUCAAACAACAUGAAUACACAAUGGAUAGACUCACAAUGGCAUUUGACUUCUUUGCUCGAAAAGAGAUAAAAUGAAUGUAUAUGUCCCAUGAUGGUUUCCUAGCAUCUAUCGGAGCUCUUGUGAGUGACAAACAGAGCAAUGAAGAGUAGAUAGGAUCUUCAAUGGAUAUUCUAAAAUGUUCCUUUUCAACUUG